AUGUCGGCAACAGCAGCACCACCAAAUAAACAUUACGAUGUGGUAGUUAUUGGAGGUGGUAUAGCUGGUCUGUCGGCAGCACGUCAUUUACUCUUGAAAAUUCCAGAACUUCGUGAUAAGCGUGUUGCCAUCAUCGAUCCAAGAAGUACUUUGAGAAAUAACUUGGCCGAAGAUUACAAGGUGGGUGAAUCUACUGUGGAAAUCAGUGGAAUGUUCUUUGCCAAAGAGUUGGAACUACAAGACUAUCUGAUCGAGAAUCAACCACCGAAAUUUUCUUUGCAAUUCCAUUGGCCAAAGGACAAUAAGAAAACCGACUCCAUGUCUGACUACUACUCGACAUGGGCCAUCAAGAAUCCAGAUAUUCAGGCAUUCCAAUUGAAUCGAUCAAAGAUCGAGAAGGACUUGAUUCAGAUGGUUCAGAAGCAAGGUGUGGUCUACUAUCAUGGACGUGUCAAGGAGGUGGACAUUGGUAAAGGUGACUCUAUCAAAACAAUCGAUAUCCAGAUGCUCUCUGAGGAGGAUCGAUUCGAAGACCAGAAGCCACUUGAGCGUAUCACCAUCACCACCGACUACAUUGCCGAUGCCAGUGGUCGUAACUUUAUCAUUGGUACCAGAACUGACAAUGUUCUCAAGGAUCCAAAGUAUCUAUUUGGUCUUCAGAAUGCUUCGACCUGGCUGCGUGUUAAAAACACUGACAAAUCGCUGUUUGAAUUCAACGAUCCUAGUGUCACUGCAAGUUGGUACUAUGCAACCAACCAUUUCUUCGGUCCAGGAUAUUGGAUUUGGAUGAUCCCCAUUGAAAGAGGUUCCCAUGAUUUUUCCAUUGGUGUAUCAUAUCAUCGUGAUAAAUAUGAACCAAGUGAAUUUAAUUCAAUGGAGAAAUUUAUGUCAUUUUUGGAAAACAAUCAAAAGAUUCUCUAUAAUAUUAUAAAGAGUGGUGAGGUUGUUGAUUUCCAUAGAUGGCCAAGAUUAGCUCACACUUCGAAAACAUUCUUUUCCGAGGAUAAUUGGGCUGUCUUGGGUGAUGCCGCUGCCAUCUUUGAUCCGUUCUACUCGACCGGUAUGGUUAUGAUUGCAAUGGAGUGUGAGUGUCUCACCGAACUGACCAAGCAUCGUUUGGCAGGCAAUUCCGAAGCCACCAAAGUUCGUCAGGUUGCAUUCGACAAAUUCAUCAGAGCCAUCACACAAACCAACAAUCACUUGAUCAAGAGCCACUCCGACCACUUGGGUAACGCAUCGAUCAUGUCGUGGCGAGUGUACGUCGAAUCGCUUGGAUACUUUGGAAUCCUACUGCCUGCCUACCUCGGAAAGUACCAUUUGUGUCCGGUGUUCGCCACAGAGUUUGCUGAGAACAACUACCGACUGAUUGAAUUCCGCGAUCGUAUGCUUGGCGUCAUGGACUACAUCAACGAGCAAGGACUGAAUGUAGGAUUCAUGGAUAAUCAUCGUGGAGGACAGCUACUCGGUCGUUGGUGUCCAACUUCGUCGUGGGACUACGACAAGGCAAUCACCGUCUACUUCCAAUGGAUGAUGGGUCACACUCUCAAGACCAUCACAUACCACGGUAUGAAGUCUUGGUACCACGAUUUCAUGCACAUGGGUGUGUCGACUUCCGACGACUACUUUGACAGAACAAUGAAAGAAUUUGAAAACUAUUCAUAUAACAAUGAAGUAGUACCAUGGAAAUCAAUGUAG